UAACAAACUUCAGCCCAACCCCAGCCAACCAAAAUCUCUCCCAUCACACAAGCACAGAGAGAGAGAGAGAGAGAGAGAGAGAGAGACUACUAAGAAAAUCAACCAGCUUUCUUCCCCCUUCAGCUCUCUCUUUACAAUUCCCAGGUCCUCUAAUGGCUUCUCCUUGUAAGUAGACCCAGAGAGAGAGAGAGAGAGAGAGGGAGAGAGAGAGAGAAUCACAAUAUGGGCCUAAAUGCAACAGCUAGAGCUGCAGCAGCAAUCAACCUAUUUUCUCCUUCAUCUGAGCACUUAUCAACUUCCCAUGUAGCCCUUCACAAGUUUUCUUUCUCAUCAAAACAGAGCUCAUUCUGCAGAGGCCAAUUCAAUAUCAGGCACAAUUUUCAUCUCUCUUUGAAUCAUAGUAGGAGGAGAAGACCGGUAUUACCAGUUUGUGUUAUGCCAUUGACUGAAGAAAAUGUUGAGAAGGUUUUGGAUGAGGUGAGGCCUGGACUAAUGGCAGAUGGAGGCAAUGUGGCUCUUCAUGAAAUAGAUGGUCUUGUUGUGGUCUUGAAGCUUCAAGGGGCUUGCGGGUCAUGCCCGAGCUCAACAAUGACGUUGAAGAUGGGCAUAGAAACAAGACUCAGGGAUAAGAUUCCAGAGAUUUUGGAAGUUGAGCAGAUCCAUGAUACUGAAACUGGACUUGAACUCAAUGAGGAGAAUGUCGAAAAGGUUCUUUCGGAGAUUAGACCAUAUCUAGCAGGCACAGGAGGAGGCAUACUGGAGCUUGGGCAGAUAAAUGGCUACAUGGUUCAGGUCAGACUGAGCGGACCUGCGGCAGAAGUCAUGACCGUUCGUGUAGCCCUAACACAAAAACUCAAAGAAAAAAUACCUUCCAUUGCUUCUGUGCAACUCGUCGAAUAACAAUAUAUCAAUAGUUCAAUACAUUCUGAGAGCACUCAAAGUUCAUACUAUUGUAGGAUGAGCAAUUGCGAGUUCUAAAUUUUAUUACUUCAUAAAAUCAUUUCAAGAACUCUGGUACAUAUGUAACCAAACAUGUUGUUACUCAAGAAAACAUUUGUAGACAUUUUUGCUUGUAACAUAUCGAAAUGGACUGGAGUAUUACAUGGGUCUAAA